CAAAUUUCCUAACCUCACCUCACGCUUUGUGGAUAUACCCAGCUGCAGCUGCUGUUUUAAAUAUCCAAAAUAAUUAGUUAACACAAAAUGCCGGAUUCUGAAUCAAAGAAAAAUCAGCAAAAGAAAGGAAAACACGAUGCUAAAGAGCAAAGGAAACCUCGACAGCAGCGGAGCCAAGGCGCCGGUGAAAAGAAAUCUGAAAAAAGAGCAGAAGAACCUAAAGUGGCUGCUCCUGAAAAACCAGCGUUUGAGGAGCCUGGGCCAGAAUUCUACAAAGGCUUAAAGAGAGAAACAGAUGACAUCCUCAAAAUAACCGAGGAUGCCAACUCCAAGUACAAGAAGAAAGAGAUUAAAAGCAACUGGUCCAAGUAUGAGGUCCCGAUAGAGAGUUAUGAUGAUAUUGAGGAACAGGAGAAUCUGGGGGCUGAUUAUGAGAAACUCAUACAAGCACCCAUGUCACUUGGUGGCCAUUUCCAAUUCAAACAUGAGAAAUCCUGGGACAUUACAACAGGCCCAUCUCUAUAUGAUAAAUACUUUGAUGUUACCGGAAAUGAUCUUGCCACUGCACUCUGCACCAUACCGUUUUAUGAAAGAAAUGGCAUCGAUAAAAGUAUAUUCUCUGAGAAUGACAUACAAACCAUGGACCACCGCACAUCUAGAUAUAAACAUAAGUACUUCAAAAUAGCUACAACCGAGUCUGAAAUUCAAGAUAAACUAAUAAAUAGUUUAGAUUUAAAAGAACAAAAAAAUAAUUUAGAUGAAAAUGUUCGUGAUGAGCGCAAGUCUGAAUCGGAAGUUGAUAAAAAGAAUGAAAUUAAUUUCGAAGAAUCAAAACUGCCUGUGUCUGCGACAUCUAGUAAUCAAGUAGAAAUAUUAUUCACAAGUAGUCAAGAUGAGCAUAAAAUGGAAAAAAUAGUAAAAGAUGAUAAGGAAUGCAGUGAAAUAGAUGACAUUGAUGAUAUUAUUGUCGACACAACUGAAAAUUUGAAUUUAAAUAAGAAGCUAGAAGUAACCAAGUCCAACUUUGCACCUGAGAAAGUUGGAAAUACAGCUCUACCGACUCCUACAGAACCCAAGAAAAAGCCAGUUAUUGAAUCUCCCGAGGAUCUUGAAAAAUGGCUUGAUGACUUCUUAGAAGAAUGAAAUAACAAUCAUAGUCUAGGAAAAUUUUCGAUGG